UUGGCUUGGCUAUGUGCUACUCGUUCGUAAGUGGCAUGGAUUUUGUUUUAGUUGCUGCUAAAUGGUCAGUUGUUUUUACUAUUCCCGCCUCUUUGGUUUCGGUUUGCUUUGCUCUGUCCAGAUAUGUAUAGGUAACCGGUAAUGAAAGUAAUGGCGGAGGUCAUCAGAUGUUUUGUGAAGGGAACUAUUUUGAACAGAUUACAAGUUGCUAUAUGCCAGUUUGUGGCAGCCUGGACUGGACGGAGUCUGGGUGUUGCAGUCGUGAGGCCAGUGUUUGAUUAUUCGUGGCGAUCUGUGACUCAGCCGGUUUUGUCCAGGGCAGAAAUUACAGAUUUUGAAAUGCAAUGUCACACCAUCAGUUUCCAGAAACUAAUCUAUGAAAGACUUUUAUUUUUGACAGAAUACUCCCCAUGGAAGCCAGUUAUUACUCUGACACCAAACACAUCCAGAGAUCGUAAUCAUUUUGUGCCGUUGCUUGUCCUCAGAGAAGCUGGUGUCGGAUUUUUCUGUUGUAUGUUGACGAACUGUACUACUCCGAGUCCAGCUUGCAGUACGACUUGUACAAGGGAACAGCAUCACCUGUUUAAUGGGCAUAAGUGUGCCAGUGUUCAUACUGGGACUGGGCUCCUUCCUUACUCAAGGUUCUAUUAUGGUGUACAUCCUAAGGUAUUUGGUAAUAACUCUAUGAGAAUCUGUAGAAGUUUGCCUUUUGGAGUGAAUCAGGGCUUCACAGGCAUUUUCAGCAAACAUGCUAGAAAGUUUAUUUUUGUGUGCAGAACAUAUUCAGGAAACAGCGGUAAGACCUUUCACCAAGCUUUUUUUCGUAGUAAGACAGCCUACUAUGAUAUAUUAGAAAUAAGCCCAGGUGCCACCCAGGCACAGAUUAAAACAGCAUACUACAAGCAGUCCUUUAUCUAUCAUCCUGACAAAAAUGCAGGCAGUGAGGAAGCAGCUGUGAAGUUUACACAAAUAAAUGAGGCAUAUACAGUUUUAGGAAGUAUUUCACUACGCAAAAAGUAUGAUAAGGGCAUUCUAAGUAGCUCUGACUUGCAGACUGCUGGGAAACCAUCAGGAAAAGCAGACGUCUCUGUGCCACAAAAAAAGUCCACAAGAGUUGCUACAAGGUUUUCCUCUGGCAAGCCAAUUUUUGACUUUGACCAGUUUUACAAAUCACAUUAUGGUGAGCAACUGGAGAGAGAACGUGUAUUGCGCUGGAAGAGGGAGCAGCGCCAGAAAAAACAACAAAAUUUAGAAGAGCAAUGGGAGCAAAGUAAAUUAAUGGAGAUUGCAUUAGCCUUUCUUUUUAUUUCAGCUGUGGCUCUGAUAUUCAGCUUGGGUGAUAAAAAGUAAAUGUUAGUACCUUAUGUAUGGUUGGGGCAUUUAUUUGUAUGCUGAUCUGUAGUAAAGACCUAAUAUUUCAAUUAUGUUUGCCAAGAAAUUGACAUCAACAGUUACAGAAGUGUCUGUCAGAUUUGUUUACCAUUUGAAAUUUACCAUGUGCCCAUACUGCAAAAAAAAACUUGUCUUUUCUUCACUCAGAUUACAUAGUGUACUUUCACAAUUUGUAUACAUAAUAAUAAAAAAUCCUGUUCACACUGUUAAA